AUGACUCAUUUUAUGCAGGAACUUGAUCUUGAAUACAAUUACACAACAGCAUGCGAUUACAUCCGCCAGGUUGCGGAUCAAGGCGCAGAGCUCGCAGUCCUACCCGAAGCCAGCCAAAUGCUAAUCGCAAGUAGAUACCAUCUCAAUGGCAUGGUGCCUGAAGAUCCUCGAUGGGCUGUUCAAGCCGGCGAGUCCGCCAAGUACCUAGCAAACUACCAAGCCCUGGCAAAGGAGCUCAACAUCUGUCUGGUCCCAGGAACGAUCAUUGAAAAGCACAGCGGUCCCAACAACACAACUAUAUUCUACAAUGUGGCCUACUUCAUCUCAAACGAUGGCUCCAUCCUUGGCUCUUACCGCAAAAAGAACAUUUGGCACCCCGAACGUCCUCAUCUCACCUCCUCCGCUCUGGAGCCCCAUGUGGCAAUCGACACCCCGAUCGGUCGCGUCGGCAUGUUGAUCUGCUGGGAUCUAGCAUUCCCCGAAGCAUUCCGGGAAUUGAUCGCCGACGGUGCUCAGAUCAUCAUCAUGCCUACUUACUGGACCCCUCACGACGCAUCACCCGAAGCUCGUGCAUACAACCCAGAUUGCGAGGCCCUCUUCCUCGAAACGACCAUCACCUCUCGCUGCUUUGAGAACACCUGUGGUGUCGUCUUCGCCAAUGCUGCUGGCCCGUCGGAGAACUUCCUUGGUUUGUCCCAGAUUGCGCUACCGGUCGCAGGUUCGAUCGCGAAGAUGGGGACUGAGGAGGGCUUCAUCAUCGCUGAUGUGGAUAUGGAGGUUAUCGCGGCUGCUGAGAGGAAUUACAAGGUUCGCCAGGAUUUGAAGAAGGAGGAUUGGUAUUAUACGUAUCGGCAUACCGCGAGGUAA